AUGCCAAGCACCAAGAACCUCCCUCUCCUCCUUAUCAUGAUCAUCAUCAUCAUGGCUACAUCCUCCACUUUGCUUCCAUCACUUACGGAGGAGCAAAACCAAAUCGCAGCAAAAAUCAUAGACGCAAUGAUCUCUGGCGGAAGUUUCGACGAUUGGAGCGAAGCUUUCCUCGCCACAAACGACGAGAUAAACGGUCCAAUACUCAAUUCCACUCUCUUCCUCCCCAAAAACUCCGUCGAAGGAAUCAACGCCACGUCACCACAGGUUGCUUCUUACCACAUCGUUCCACAAUGCCUUGACUUCUCCGACAUAAGCCUAAUGAAGCCUUUCUCUCGCCUCCCCACGCUUCUCUCUGGAAACUCCAUCGUCUUGACCAACAAUUCAGCUUCCGGUUUUGCCCUCGAUAGCGUUCUCAUCUCCGAGCCAGAUCUCUUCGUCUCUUCUUCCAUUGUUAUCCAUCGAAUCGCUUCCCCAUUUAACUUCUCUCGUUAUGGUGGUGGCAAUAUGUAG